GUGACACUCAGCGUCCGUGUCGCGCACUCCACAGACAGGGAGAAAGCCCACAGGCUCCCACUGGAACCCGGCUGUAAGUGCUCCGAGGGGAGAGACGGGCUAACCGACGGCGGAUAAUGACGUGAUAGUUCCGGUUGUAAAGCUAGUCCAGGCGGGCACCGGGCGCCUUUAAUUACUGACCGGUGCACGAGAGGAAAUCGCUGGAGUUGUAUGUGUGUGGAGCCGUCUUGUACAAGGAUGCUGGACCAUCCGCAGUUCUGAAAAGAAAGGGAAGAAAGAUAAGAAACCGUCUCUCAAACAGGGGGCUUUGCAACACAGCCGAGGAUGCUGUCCCCCAGAUGGUGACUUCUACAGGUCUUGGAUUUAAACUGAUGGACCAAGACGGGAAUGAUGUACAGUGUGGUUGAAAAGGGAGGAUGUGGAGUUUCAGUGAGAGGUGGCUUUGAGAGUAAUACUCCACAGGCCUGUCAUGGUUUCCCUCCCUCUCUUGUUCCUCCAUCUCUGCAUCUCCCGCUGUCUUCUAAUGGUUUGAUGGAGAGCUGGUCGAAUGUCCGCAGGAACUAUUGUCAUAACCGGAGGAAUUCUCGCUGGAGUGAUACUGCUGUGCAUCGUAGCAGUCCUCUGUUACUGUAGACUCCAGUAUUACUGCUGUAAGAAAAAUGAUUCUGAGGUGGAUGUGGGCUCUGUGGCGGGAGCUGAUCCUCUCUCUCACUUCCCCUGCAAUGCUUGCAACGCCCUCGCCAUGGAUGGCACAUCCAUCACCCCGGUCUCUCUGGAUCAGCUUGAAACGACUUCUCACCACAACCACUGCCCCACCUGCUCGCCGUACCCCCUCCGCUCUAGACUCACAAACAACAUGCACAAUGGAGGGGAGCGCCUGGGCUUCCAUACCUACUACGAAAACCCCUCUGUCUCUCUCCCUCUGUCAGUCAACCCGCAGAGUUCCUCCCCUGUGACUUAUUACAACCCCACAGAUGAGUUUCCUCCCCCACCACGGCCCUACAGCACCGACGUCUGACUUUUUCUCACAGCACUUAAAGACUAACACAUCUUGCCCACAAUCCCACAAACUUUUGGUUUAGAAUUUAAUUUAGGUCAUUCAUUAUGAUGCAGCAGAAUAACACACACACAUAACUGUACACGCUGCCUUCACGGAUUAUAUGCAAGGAAGUGACCCAUAAAGGCAGCCCACUCACAGACCCUCUGCGUGGGGAACAGUUCCAGCAGCAGUCCAUAAAAUCUGCAUCAUAGACAGCAUUGGAAAAGCAGGGAAACAAUACACACAACUCAACCAGAACUGUAAUUUGUGCCACACACAGUUAAAUCACACACAUGGUAUUAAUGGAAAUUCCCUUAUAUAUUUAGGGUAUUUGCCGUUGUUGUUGUUUUUUUCUCCAUGUAUUUAUUGUGUAGGUCACAUAACUGUUUCCCUGUAGUUAAACAUUUAGGAAAAGUAUUACAUUUAUAAAAUAGAUGAUUGACAGAUUUUUCUGCCAAUACUCCAACUCCUGAUAUUGUAAAGCUAAAUUUAAAUAUUGAAAUGUUAAGAUGCAGAAAUUCUACAAGACUUUCAGGAACUGGAUUAUAUCUGAUUUGACAUGCGAGAUAAACACUCAAGGUGAGCUAAUUCUCUAGAGGAAUGCUGCAGCCUGCAAAUGUCAUCAUGGAGUUAUACCAUGAAAAUGGGCCUCACUGGCCAACAGAUUAACAAUAAAUAGUAUGGCAUUCUUCUGACAAUAUAUUUAGGUAAAUUUGAAGUAGUUUUUUUCCAGUCCACUCACAUGAGAUCGUGAGCAGCCACAGAAACUCCUCUCUUUCACUUUGACUCUGACUUUUUUUCCCAUACUUUUUACAUGCAAAUUGGGGCAACCGGUCUGAUCACAGAGAGGAGUUCGUUUCAACACACACAAGUUACAAAGGACUUCCCCUUAUGUCACCAUUUUUGUACUUUCUGUUCUUCCCUUUUCCCCCUUCUCGUGUUACCUGGUCAAAUGCAGUUGUGAACCCACCCCCACCCACCCCCCAGCUUACAGUACAUGAGGGCUAACAGUUUUUCUAUCAGGAGUAAAUGUUUGCCAGUUAUAGAAACUGGUAACAGAGCUUUAUUCAGAGGUGAUGCAUGAAGACUGCAGGGAUGUUUAUUUAAGAGAUUUUAUGUAGUUACCUGAAAGUCAAGUUACAGUUAGCUACACAGUGUUGUGUUGCCAUUGCUCUUUUCUCUAAUCAAACCACUAAAAGGACAUUUGUUCUCCGGUGUCUUCCCUAAGAGCUGAUGGAUUUGUCUUGAUUACUGAUUCAGAUGGAUGAAAAGAGUGAAACGGAUUUUAAAGAUGCAAGAGGAAGAUCAUACUAUAUUUUACUGAUUUAAAAGUCAUCCUAUCUGCUACAGUACAGUAACAAGAUGCAGUGAUAUUACACAGUAUAUCCCCGAAUACA